AUGGACCAUCUCCAUCCCCGUGAUCCAAGCAAUACCCAGGCGUGGCUAAUCGGCAGCGGCAUCACGUCGCUCGCUGCAGCUCUCCAUCUGAUCAAAGAUGCCAGAGUUCCUGGUCAAAAUAUCCAUAUCCUGGAGUCGAACAAGAACCCGGGAGGAGGCAUGACCAUCCACGGGGGAACAGAAUCUGGCUAUUUUCUUCCUUUCGAAUGCAGUCCUUAUUUCUAUGGUAGUUGUGUCGAGAGACUUCUGUCAUUGAUUCCGUGUGGAACAGACCCAGAUCGAUCGGUCAUGGACACUGUCCGCGCGCGUGCCCCAGGCCCCGAGGGCAAAUCAGUCCUCUCCGUGCGGCAGGUGGGCGCUGGACCGUCUGGUCUGCCUGAACUCGUCCAUCGCGAGCAUUUAAAAACCCCCAUCAAGCAUCGGAUGGCCUUGAUCAAGCUUCUAUUGCAGCGUGAAGCAUCUAUCGGCGAAAAGACUAUACGAGAUUCAUUUGAGCCGGACUUUUUCGAGACAGAUAUGUGGUCCCUAUGGUCAACCAUAUUCGCCCUUCAGCCCUGGCACAGCGCCGUGGAGUUCCAGAGACACCUCCACAAACACCUCGCGCUCGUCAGGCACUUGACGAAUAUCGAGCAUCUCAGUCGCACGGAGUUCAAUCUAGUAGAGUCGGUGGUUGCUCCCUUGAUCUCAUACCUCCGACAGCAGGGGGUGGACUUUCGCCUGGGCAACCGAGUGACGGACCUCAAGGCCUACCCGGAACCCGACCCUACCACCAUAUCCGAGAUUGAGAUCAUCGGACCAGACGGUCACCAAGAGUUGAUCACCCUUGAUCCAGUAGACAUCGUGAUAGUGACACUCGGAUCCACUGGCUCCGGAGCAGCUUAUGGUACUAACACAUCGCCGCCCUCGGGGUUGACGGCUGAUUGGGAAGACCUCAUGGAAGGCGAUUGGAAAAUCUGGGAGAAGCUAGCGCAGAUGGCGCCCAAGUUCGGAAAUCCGACGAAUUUCCUUCCCCGAAUCCAGGAGUCCAUGCUGGAGACUUUUACGACGACAAUUAGCGGACCGGCAUUCUCGUCGAUGUACGCUGACCUCUCCGGAGACAGCGCAGACAACGGCGCACUCCUCCUGCUACGAGACAGCAACUGGCGCAUGACUGUCAUCAAACCUCAUCAACCGAUCUUCCGAGACCAGCCUGAAGACGUAACGGUCCUACAGGGCUUUGCGUUGAAUCCGACUGCAGAAGGGAACUAUAUCAAAAAGCCAAUGUGCGAUUGCACAGGAGAAGAAGUCUUCCAGGAAGUGCUCAGCCAUUUGUGUCGCGAUGCAGGCUCUGUGGCGGCUAGUGCUAAGACAGUUCCAUGCGGCAUGCCAUUGGGAACUUCCCCAUACCUGACGAGGAGUCAUGGCGACCGCCCUGCGGUCAUACCGGAGAAUACCACGAACAUUGCCUGCGUCGGCCAGUUCGUGGAGAUAGCCGGGGACACGUCCCUCGAGGUAGAGUACAGCGUGCGUGGGGCUCAGCUUGCAGUGGCCGAGUUGAUGAACACCGUGAAGCCUCUGGAACCAUCCAGGAACUUGCUGACCGAGACACUUCAAUUGCUGGUUUAG